GCAGAGUAGUUCAAGAGAAGAAAAAAAAAUAGAGUUGAAGAGUCUAACAACAAAAGGUGCGUCUCUUCUCUCUCUCUCUCUUUCUCUCUCUCUAAAGUUAUGGCUUCCUCAGCAACUCUCAGCGACCGUGCCCCAAAUGUUCUCAAAGAAUGGGACACCACAUUUCGGGCUACCAAAACUGCUUCUUCCCUCCGAACCGCGUCUUUCUCCUCCUCCUCCUCCUCAUCAUCACUCUCAUCGUGCUCAUCUUUGUAUAUUCUUGAUGAUUCACCCCUUAGUACGGCCACCCCACUUCGAUUUUCCGGUGUUCCGUUUUCUUGGGAACAUUUGCCCGGAAUUCCUAAGAAACAAAGUUACAAGAAAAAGGACUCUUCUUCAUUAAAGGAACUCCCAUUGCCUCCUCCUGCUGCUUCCACAUCAAUCUCCAAAAGAUUCAAUUCCGGGGAGAUUGGGAUUCGAAAGAAAAACAGCAAUGAUAGUUUUCGAAGGGAUCCAUUUUUUGCUGCAUUGGUUCAAUGCUCAAAGGAUGACGAUGAUGAUGAGCAAGACUUGUCCAAUAAUAACUUUUGGGGUGGUCCUAAGGUAUCAAGGCGCACUAGUGACAGGUUUGGUUUUAUAAAUCUCUACACUUCUUGCAAAAAAACUUGUGCUGUUUCUGAGUCAAUAGUAUAUCUUCCAAGAUCAAGCAGGACAUCAUAUGAUCGAAUCAGUCGCCGUUCUCGCUGAAUUUGCACGAUCAUCAUCUCCUGGAAUUUGUGUUCAUUUUCUCAUAAAAUCAAGUACUUCAUUUAUAUUUGUUUAGUUUUGCUUUCUUGGUUAUGCAUGUGAGGGCAAGUAUUGUCCCAAAAACCAAAAGUUAUUAUAUUAUAUGUUAAUAUAACCUCGAAGAAUGAAGGGGCCAGUAGCUUGCUUUGUUUAAUGAAUGAAUUGCAAUGUCUUAACUUA